UCUCGCCGGCGCAGUCUGAGCUAUACAAUAUAAGUCGUUUCCUCAUCUUUGAGGCCGCCCUAGACUCAUGCCUUUGUGAAUCAGUCGUGUUGUUCACACACAAGAUUCCAGAGAUUUUAAGCACAGCAACAUGUCCCAAGCCAAGUACGUCAAGAAAACUGAUUUUGGAGAGGGCGUUCGUAUCGAACAAAAUGGCGGUGGCCUUGAAAAUGAGAAAAUUUCGUUUGAAAGAAAACGUUCGAGACAAGAAAAGGUCCUGUUGGUCAUGUUCUUGGUUGUUUUGGUUGUUGCAAUCAUUUUUGUCGUUCUGUAUGCCUGGCAAAUUACCAGCCAGAAAACCGAAGGAGAUCACGAAGUCUCGUCUAAAACAACGAAAAGUCCUUCCUCAAUGAAGAAUCCUUCAACAACGAAAAAUCCUUCAACAACGAACAAUCCUAAAACAUCAUCAUCAACAGCGGCACCAGUCUGCUAUUCCUCAGACUGCGUAGUGACUGCUUCAGAAAUAAUUGGAGCAAUGAACGCAAGUGCGGAUCCAUGCGACGAUUUUUACGAAUACGCUUGUGGGACUUGGAUGAAAAAGAAUUCUAUUCCAGAGAGCAAGUCCUCCUGGAGUCAGUUCCGCGUUCUUUACCAAAGUAAUGAAAUGGUCAUGAAAAGGCUAAUCCUCGACGAUAACGAUGCUACACGAGCUAAAUAUAAAGACAACAAAGCUGUCAUGAAAGGGUUCGACAUGUUUGAUUCCUGCAUGAAUGAGGACAAAAUUGAAGAACUGGGUACAGAACCACUCUUUGAUUUGAUCAAGGAGUAUGGAUCCUGGAAUGUCACCGACGGAAACUGGACAGAGGACUCUUGGGACUUCAUGGAAAAUUUCGUCAAGAUUCAAAAGUAUUUGUCGAUCGCACCUCUCUUCAACAUGUAUGUCUCAGCUGAUCUAAGAGAUUCUACAAAAAAUAUCAUUGUGCUUGACCAGUCUGGAAUUUCCAUUUCACAAGAAGGUUUCCUAAAGAAUACAUCUUACCAUGUAAAGGUACGCACAGCGUACAAAAAGCUCAUGAUUGAUGUUGCGAACCUUCUCACCGGCAACAAUCCAAACACAGAAGCGCUGAUGAGAGAAAUUUACGAUUUCGAAGAAUCUCUUGCUAAGACAUUCAUUCCCAGAGAGCAACGAAGGGACACCAAUAAGAUGUACAAGAAGAUGAAGCUUAGUGAUUACAUCAAAUCUGUUGGUAAUACGAUUGACAUAAUGGAUUUUCUCAAGAAGAUGUUCACUGAGGCGGGUUACAAUGUCACGGGGGAUGAAAUAGUAGUGGGGCUAGCACUUGACUACAUCAAGAAUAUGACAGAAAUUUUUAAUGCAACUAGCAAAAGAGUAAUAGCCAACUAUAUGAUGUGGCACGUGGUACUUCGUUUCUCACCGUAUUUGAGUUUCAAGUUUAGAGAAGUUUUCAAAGAAUACCAAAAGACCAUUAGCGGGACCACCGCGGAAGACCCUCGCUGGCAGGAAUGUUUAGGUGUCGUGGGCGGAUCAUUCGGCAUGCCACUCGGUCUGUUGUAUGUUGACGAGACGUUUGAGGGAGAAAGCAAAAAAUCGGCCGAGGAAAUGAUUCACGACAUUCGACAGGUUUUCCUUGCCAAUCUGGAAAAAGUGGACUGGAUGGAUGAAAAAACUAAGCAAAAAGCAAAAGAAAAGGCUUUAGCGAUACGCGAGAAUAUUGGCUAUCCUGAAUACUUAACAAAUAAAACUGCGCUAUCCUCAAUGUUCAAAGGGUUUGACGUUGAAAAGGACCAAUACUUCAAGAAUAUUGUGCAAUCCCAAGCAUUUUUUAACCUAAAAAACUACGCCAAAAUGGGCAAGCCAGUUGACAAGGAUAGAUGGUCCAUGACUCCUCCCACUGUUAAUGCGUACUAUUCUUCCAUUGAAAACAAAAUCGCUUUUCCUGCUGGAAUUCUGCAGAAACCAUUUUAUGAUCACAGAUUUCCCAAGGCUCUCAACUAUGGAGGAAUCGGAAUGGUUGUUGGACACGAAAUCACGCACGGUUUUGAUGACAAUGGUCGGCUGUUUAACAAAGAUGGCAACUUGGCGAAGUGGUGGUCAAACAAUUCUGUUACAGCUUUUAAGAACAAAACAAAGUGUCUGGUAGACCAGUAUUCCAGUUAUGAAUUUCAUACCAAGAACCUAAAGGGUGAGCAAACCCUCGGGGAAAACAUCGCGGAUAACGGCGGGAUAAAACAGGCAUUUCAGGCCUAUCAGAACUGGAAAAAAAGGCGAGGCCCAGAGCCCCCUCUGCCUGGUUUGAAAAACGUCACCAAUGAACAGCUCUUUUUCCUUGGGUUUGCUCAGAUUUGGUGCAGCAAAUAUCGCCCAGAGACAGCUAUGCGCCAGGUGGAUUAUGGUGUUCAUAGCCCUGGAAAAUUCAGGGUGCUGGGCUCUCUAUCGAACUUUGACGAAUUCGCUAAGGCUUACAAGUGUUCCAAAGGAUCGCGAAUGAAUCCUGAAAUAAAAUGUGCUGUGUGGUAACAAGUUUUUUAGUGACCUUGAGAGGGCACUUCCAAAGGAAGCAAGUGUCAAAGAAUACUGAUAGAUAAUCGUUGGAGAUAACAACUCUAUCAAUUCAACGGGGAAAAACCAAACCAAUUCUACAGUUUGUAUAGAUGUUCGAAAUGGGACUUUAUAAAGAGUCCAAGAAACGUUUAUAGUUAUAGAGACAUGUUUUCAGCAGUUCAGUUCAAACAUCGAAGUUUACAUCAUUAAUAGUUUUCAUCGCAGUUUCCGCGCUAUGACGCGAAUUUACAUGAUUACGAGACGAACGAGUCAUAUGAAUUCUAAGCUCAGUUUAUUGAUUACUGUCAGGCUGCAGUUCAGCUGUGUUCGUAGAAACCGUUGUAGUUCUCCUUAGCCUAAAACCUCUUCAUUUCCUUUUUUCUUUUCUCUCUAUUUCGCAAAAUAGACCCCUAGUCAGUUAAAACGGGUAGUGUUUGCCUACUGUGCUUUUAUUUGUAUAUUUUAUAGAUUUGUUUUACGUUCCCGUUAAUUGGCCUUAUAAGACAUGAACGAUUUCAGUAAAGGUCAUUCUUUGCAUUU